CCGGUGCAGGUGUUCGAGGCAUUGCUCUGGGAUCGCCAACACCAAACUUGCCGCUCAGUCUCUGGCCUGGCAGAGGCCCGGGUGACUUCUUAAGGGUUCUCUAGGGUGGUGGUGGGCGGAGCCGCUGACCCUCUGAACAAAAUGGGAGAUGCCAAAGCAGGCAAGAAGAUCUUUAUUCAGAAAUGUGCUCAGUGCCACACAGUGGAAAAAGGUGGAAAACACAAGAUUGGUCCAAAUCUCUGGGGUCUUUUUGGACGAAAAACAGGACAAGCACCAGGAUUUUCUUAUUCAGAUGCUAACAAAAACAAAGGUGUUAUCUGGGGAGAGGAAACUCUGAUGGAAUAUUUGGAGAACCCAAAGAAAUAUAUCCCUGGAACUAAAAUGGUCUUUGCUGGUCUUAAAAAGAGGAGUGAGAGAGCAGAUCUUAUUCAAUAUUUGAAACAGGCAACAUCUUCAUGAAAUGCUUUUGCAACUUAGAAAAAUAUUAGUUAUAAGCCAAAAUUUUCCAAUUUUAAAUAUUGCAUGUUUAAA